AUGGAAACUAGUAUAGGACAGGCAAUGAAUUCGGCACACACAGAAGAGAGCGCGGUUUUCACGCAACUAAAACCUGUGCGGCUGUCUGGAGCGGACGGCGCAGAUGACUCGUCCGUUUUUGAAGAAGUGAAACCCCCGGUGAGAAUUAGUCCACAUUUUAACCCGUUGGAGGUGACUCAGACCCAGUUGGAGAUGGAAAAGUACCUCCCCCAGACCACAUGCAGUCUCCUCCAUCCUCCAUCCAUGGCCCACACAGACAAGAAAUACUGCGGAGAGAGUGCCUCAUUGGUGGACAAGUACUUCUCAGAGGAGAAGCACAACACAGCUUCCUACAGCAUCAACAUCAACCUCACCCUCCCCAAAACCACCCACCUCUGCACCGGCCUGAACCAGCCCAACAAGCCCCAGCAGCACCACCAGACCCAUCUCCUCCAGCACAUCAAGACAGAGCCUCGGUUGGACGUCCCAGUGUCCUGCUCCAUCCAGACCCUGCCUGACUUCUUGUCUGUCUUCAGCAUUCCCCAGACCGUCAACACUAUGUUUAUCAAACCCGAUAUGGCCACCAGCGGACACCCAGUUUCAGAUACCGAGCUGUAUAUUGGCCCCCAACAACCGCAGGUCUACCAGAUGCCCAUCCCCGUCAGCAGAGCUGACCUCACAAUGACACUCUCCCGCAGCAGCCAAUCAGGGACCAGCGGAGCCGGCAACGGUAGAACCAUGCUCAACCUGAACAAUGUCUCCUUGACAACGGUGGGUCAUGGCGGUGGUGACUCGUUGUUUGCAAUGCCGGAGCAUUUCUCCCACCACCACGCCAAGGUGUCGCCCCAGUCACAGCCCCACAGUCUACCUCCCUCACCCCCCAACUCGCAGCCGGGUAGUCCUGAGAACCAGGCUGAGCUGCUGACCACUCCACCGCCCUUCCAGGCCUCUAGCAGACUGGGGUUAAAGGUCACCCAGAUGUCCCACCACUCCAUGCUUAUGGCCCAAGGACAACGGUUGCUGACAGGACCCAGGUACAACCGACGGAACAACCCUGAGCUCGAGAAGAGACGGAUCCACUUCUGUGACUUCCCCGGCUGCUCCAAGGUUUACACAAAGAGCUCUCACUUGAAAGCACACCAAAGGACACACACAGGAGAGAAACCAUACUCUUGCAACUGGGAGGGCUGUGACUGGCGUUUCUCCCGCUCUGACGAGCUGACACGACACUAUCGUAAACACACGGGAGCCAAGCCCUUCAAGUGUGUAGCCUGCAGGCGCUGUUUCUCCCGGUCCGAUCACCUUGCCCUACACAUGAAGCGCCACCAGAACUAAACACACACGCACCGGCAUAAACACCCAACCACCAACACAUCCACACACAUGCUACGACCACCUGAAGCGUCACCAGAAGAGAGGGACAUAUCACCACCAUCUUGAAGCCCCAGAAUGCAUUACACUGCAUGAGGGCCAACACAAAGAUCAAAAUGUCUGCUCCUGUAAUGACAACGUCAUCAUGGGGAGGUAUGGACUUUCAAAGAAACAGGGGACCAUGGACACCUGCCUCCAAUUGCUCCAUGUAUUAAUGGAUGCACAUUGUCUGUCUGUAUAUACAGUUGAAGAUGGAAGUUUACAUACACUUAGGUCGUUUUUCAA